AUGUCCAAUCGUGAAAUGACAACGCCAAGGCGAGGAAGACCUCCAGCACCACACAAUCGCAACCGCCAACGUAGUAUCACUCGCGAUGAAAGUAGAAACCAGCAACAGCCGAGUCAAUGGCAACAACAACAACAACAACACACGACAAGCUCGCAAUCAACACCUUCUCAAUCGCGCUACAACUCAAAAGGCAAUGGUAGUGGUGGCCAUCGAGGCAAGUUGAUACCUUCGACUUCAGCAACACAAAGUGAACAGCAACAACAGAGUGGCACCAAUGAAUCGCCUCAUGUCCUUCUACUACGACGUGUUCUCUUUGACGAGGAUGACAUGCAACGACGUACCGCAGCGACCCAACAACUCAUCAAGUCACUCGAGGAAUCUUUACACCAUGGCGACCCUACACAAAUGCAAUACGAGGGUAUGCAGUUAGUCGACAUGUGUAUCUUGAAGCAGCCCAACAUACGGUCUAUCUUGGACUUGAAUCGACCUCAUAGCAGUGGUCUCAAAGCGGCAGCUGUCAAACUUGUCUCGACCCUGGCACUAUGCUCAUGCAGACUCGAUAUUAUUUUCGUAUGGAUCUUUGACUAUUUGCAACGCUGGACAGAUGGUGAUGAUACCAACAAGGCCAAAGAAUUCAAAAUAUGGCUUUUACGUGCAUUGCGUCAGACUAUUGCAGAUGCUUCCAAUGAUCCCUAUUGCAAUCGUCAAUUGUAUGAUUUAUCACCCAACAUUGUCGCCAGUGUCAUCAUGUUCCUCGAUGCAAUGGAUACAUCCGAUUACCUACCAGAAGUCUUGCAAGUCAUUCAAGUCAUCGCAUCAAGCUGUCCUGUGGCAUUCUCGGAUAAAUUUCAGGAUAUGAUGGAUUUACUUGUUGGAUGGCACAUUGAUCCCCAUUUAUCCGAUCAAAGGCGCAACAUGAUAUGUGGACUCUACAAGGAAUUGCACGUGUUUUGGCACAACAGACUCCCUUUUGCAUUCGAGCUAUUGCAACAUUUCCUCAGCGACAUGCACGGUGUCAUUACAGCCAUUGCCUCAGAAGAUGAUAUGGAGAGUGCUCAAUCCAAAUGGAAUGUAUGUGAAGGCUUCUUUAGUUGUUUCCAUGGGAUGCUUCAUGCCAUUGUGCCAUUGCUCUCAACACCCGAAUUGCGAAAAGAUCUGCAUUUGGUGAAUCCACUCUUUGAUCAGCUGCGAUUGAAUACACUGGAGUUCUUGAUGAAAGCGAGGGAGCUCUCACCAAGUGAAAGGUGGAUGGAAAAAUCAAACCAAGUGCUCUUAUCGCUAUUUGCCUCAAAGUCACAGAACAUACGGCAUUAUCAGUGGCAAGUGUACCAAUACUUUGCAUCACAAGCAGUCAAAGGGUUGAAUUCCAAUCAAUUUGCGUAUCUGAAAAUGCUGAUGAAGCUUGUGGAUGAAUGGGGUGUGGGAAUUGAUCAAGCUAUACUUCAAGAUAUUCUCAACGUCGACACAUCGCCACUCUUUCAUUUGCGAGCAAAGUAUCGGCACGACAAACAAUUGAAUUCAGGCACCCUUGUUCUAUUACGUUCUCUGUUACGGUUAUGCGCCAAUGACAGUAGUAUAUGCCUUGCAAUGACGAAUGGAUACACCAGCUUCUUUUUGACUCAAUUGGCAACCAUCAACAACGCCUAUCAAGGACAAAUCAAUGAUGCUCUCGUGUUGCAUAACACACAAGAGGAACUCAAGACGUUUGAUGGCACUUUUCCGGUUGAUGUUCAAGGACCCGACAAUGCGAAUGUGACGGAUGCUGUGGUGGAUGCCUUGUUUAUUGCAUACCUGCUUUUGGAUGCUGCUGCUGUAUGGCCAUCUUCUCGACGACAUCAUUUGCUGGUGGUGUUGCAGCUAUUGACGACAUCGUGGAAAUGCAAAUGUAGCGAUAUCUUUGAUGCCGGCCUGCAGGUGGUGAUCGAGUUUUGCGCAAGUUGCCAUUUUCUUGUCGACAACCACGAUGAGCUUGAUUUGAUCAGCAAACUCUUGUGCGACCUCUUUGAUGCUUGGUCAAUUGUCAAUCUGCGGUCCCGACAAUUGCUGUGUCGAUUCCUUGGAGGUGUUGUGGAUAAUCUCAAGUCAUUACCCGAUAACAUGUCUGCUAUUGAACCGGUGCGUAAUGUUGUCAAGCAUAUGCUGCAAUCCACAAGCAUGGAGAAGGAUAAGGCUUUGAGAGGAGAUAUGAUACGUUUGGCUACCAGCUUUUGUCAAGCAUUUGGCUCAACUGAUCUCGUGGACCCUGCUAUACGAUUUAUGUGGCGUGGCUUGGAUGAUCCAUCUCCCAGCAUUCACAAAGCAACAGCUGACCUUGUGGCAGUUCUCAAUCCAUUUAUUCUCACUGAUACGCCAUUAACCGAGACUAAGGAGAAAAACGCAUUAAAGAAUAUCGUAAUGGCUACUCCGCACACAGGCGCAUUUCGUCCAACGCACUUUGAAAUUGUAAUGAUCAAUCUUGGGAUGGCUGAAUACCUCGUUGGACCUCAUGCAGGAGGCACGAUCAGAGCGCUGGAGAACCCCAAGGAACAACAAACACCUUUUGGAUGGGCCGAACGACUAUUUUACCAUUGCGAUUCACUCAAAAACAUGCGCAACGUCUCGACUUCGCCUGAGCUGAAAAGACAAAUGGAGCGUAUGAUACCAUCCAUCAAUGAUUCAAAGCAGUUCUUAUCUUAUUGGGCCAUGUGGGAGUCCACUCGAUACUGUAUCUUGUCAAGAUUACGUACCCCAUUCGGAGGACCCGAGCACACAUUGGCAGCGUUUGAGCGUAUGCUAUCGAAUAUGGUGUCCGUGGACAUGAGCCAACUAAGAGAUGAUGCUUCUUAUCGGACAAAGCUGGGAAAUCUGUUGCUAUUACUCGAUCGGUUGGAAGUUCAAAUCUACAAUGCAUCGGAUGGCUGUGCAACGAAUGCUUUGCCUUCAGUGCCACGAUCCAGUCUUGCCUUUUUCAGAACCAACAAAAAGACUUGCAGGGAUUACUAUGCAAGGAUUCGACCCAAGAUCAUUCAAGGCGCACAAAUGAUGCACGAUGACCAUUUGCUGAUCCGACACAUUAUUGAAGCUUUGAAAGAACGUGAAGCAGGAUUACAGGAAAAUGCAGCGACGAUGGAUAUCGUGGUUUGGUUCAGUGAGUUUAAUAAGCUCAUGUGUGAAUUUGUUGUUGCAUGCAUCCACGUGGCUGCGGGUGAUUUGAUCAAUGGAAUCCAAUCUUGGUACCGAAGACUUGUUCGCAAGAUAUCACAUUUGAGACCUUCUUUUCAAAACGACUGGACUUUUAUUGGGUUGAUUGGUCCUAUUGCACAAGAUCAAUCGUCGCCCUCUGGAGAUCCUUGCAGCGUCACCUGGUUUCAAGUGGGUGCUAUGUUUGCUUCGGGGCAUCACGAGCAAGCACUCAAAGCACUCGAAUCGAUUCACGUAUACAUGAGCCGAGAUGAUUAUGGUAUUCUGGAUACAUUGGAUAAUCAGGCUCUUGAUUAUUAUACGUACCUUGAAGAUUACGAGGCGAUCAAGCGUGUGUAUGGUAGCAAUGGAUCCAUGUUUAGCAAGAUUCUUUCAAGAGAGUUGAUGAUGUUUGCAUCCCGUGAUACCGAUCAUGAUGCCGAGCCCACAUGUAGCUUGGAGGAUCUCUACUCGUCUAUGCGAACGCUCAAUGUUACUGACAGUCUUCAAUUGGGUCGUCUUGUGAAUUUCCAAAAUUGGUUGAGCAGCAACAAUGAACACCAUGUGGCAGACACCAAAGCAAAGAUUGAUCAGCUCUUAACAUCACGUGCAAAGCUUUCAUUGGAAGGACCAUUGCCUGCAAAGUGCAGCAUUCUCGAGAUGGAACUUGCUCAACACAAAAGCAUUCUUCAGGAUUUGAACAACUACAUCCAACAAGCACCGCACAUCAAACCCGCCUAUGAUAUCCAAGCAACAAAAGCGUGGGGUCUUAUUUGCAGCUACCUUGGGCGAUCAAAUGCAGUGGAUGAUACCAUCUCGGCUAUUCAUUUAUAUGCAGCGAGAGCGGCUCGUAAACAACACAACCUGGAUAUUGCACACAAAUGGUUGAGCAGUAUUUCGAAUGUUGGUGAUACCAAUUAUGAGAUCUUGUAUGAGAAUGUCAAGGUGCUGCUUUUGAGGCAUGAAAGUCAAGCCAACGUCGAAGCGAUGGGGCAACUCAACAAAUUGAUCAUCAACCUCGAAUCAACAACAAACGACUGUGAGAAACAGCCAUUAUACAGCAAAGCAUGUCUCGCUGCUGCCAAACUUCUCAAGGAUGAGAGUGACAGUGGACGCGAUGUUGAGUUAUUGGUCAACCAGAUUGAUUCAUCAUUGACAACAACGCCUAGCACCGAUAUCGACAAUAGCAUUCAACGCAUACAAUCGCCUUCUGAUGAAAUCAUCCAUACUAUGCUCAACAAAUCAAUCAAUGAUGCCACGACCUACAGCAAACCGUGGUUUGUGUAUGCAACUCAUUUCUACAAGCAAGGAUGGAGGAUACUGGAUGAUCUUGCACGUGGUGAUGCUAGCGUCCCAAUUGUGUCAUGGGCCAAGAAUCAAUUCCGUCAAUUGAUGCCAAAUGAUGAAAAUAAUGUCCAAACCGAAAAGCAUCUAUUUGGAUUGAUUCAAAAGCAUGCUGGAUCCACCCAUCUCAAGGAUGAAACGGCUAUCAAUCGUGCGUUGGAUCAGAUUGUGCCUGACAACAAGGAUCAAGUGCUGCCUAUCCUGGAAAAGAUGUAUGCAUCAAUUGUCGAUACCUUCCGGUCAUCUGUCAGUGCCUAUUUCCGAUAUCUUUCCUUGGAUGAAGAGACUCAUCAAGAUAAGGAUGAUUCAGAGGGAUCCACGUCCAUGAUUAUCACCGCUACAUUGAGGUUGCUACGUAUGUUGGUCAAAUACGGCGAUCCAUUGCAAGACGUAUUCUUUGAGCAUAUUGAACGCGUGCGUAUUGAACCAUGGAAACGCAUCAUUCCUCAGCUUUUUGCAAGGUUGAAUCACCCCGCUAGCGUUGUUCAGCAAGUGAUCGGUAGAUUGCUCACAAGAAUAUGCGACGAGUAUCCCCGUGAGAUCAUUUAUGAUGUCAUUGUCAGUUCAUCCUCUUCCAAGACCAAUCAUGAUACCAAACAUGUCCUCGCACGUAUCGCCAACCGUAUGAUGGAUCACAAUGAAGCUCUAUGGACAUCAACACAGCGCAUGGCAGAGGAAUUGGAAAAGAUUACGGUGCUAUGGGAGGAACGAUGGUCGUACAAGAUUGCAUCCCUGGCCUUCAAUGCAAUGGAAUUGUUGGCCAAGCUCGAUCAAGAAGUGGCACGGUUGGAGAACAACAAAGACAACAUGACGCAAGAACAAAUUGAAAAGACAUUCUUCGAGAGUUACGACAGCGUUACCAAAUUUUUGGUUACUUCAAUCGAGAAGUUGCUCAACACCACUAUCCUCGCCACGACAACCAAGACGAUUCACGAGCAAUGGUUCAUUGAUACGUUUGGAAAACAAAUCAUGCAAGCCUAUGAGUUAUUGCAGAAGCCGAAAUCGAUAGCGACGUACCGAGAGGGAUGGGACAUGUUUAUUCGAAUCAAUCGUGAUCUCGUUAUUGAAACGCACAAAGUCCGUAUUUUGGAGCUUGAACACAUUUCACCUUAUCUUGCAUCGUUACGCAAUACCGAGAUUUGUGUGCCUGGAGUAUACGACAUUGACAAUCCUUGCUUUAUCGACUCGUUUGGAUCCAGCGUUGUGGUGCUACCAACCAAGACCAAACCAAAAAAGCUUGAUCUUUGUGGCUCGGAUGGCAAAAAGUACUCGUAUCUUUUCAAGGGCAUGGAGGAUCUGCAUUUGGACGAGCGUGUGAUGCAAUUACUUGAUACCGUCAAUGGCCUCUUGAGUGAAGACAAGGCUGCAGCUUCACGUGAUCUCAAAACAAGAACCUAUGCUGUGAUUCCUCUAAGUGACCAUUCGGGUAUGAUCCAGUGGGUGAAUGAUGCUACACCACUAUUUGCUUUAUACAAGCGAUGGCAGCGUCGGGAGCAAACCGCCCAUGCAUUGAUUACUGCUACCAAUGAUCGUAAUGCUGCAGCUGCUCCACCUGAAGAACAACAACCUCCUCAGCGUCCUACCGAGAUGUUUAUGGCCAAGAUUGAACGUGCGUUGCGUGCUGAAAACUUGCGAAUGACAACGAAUAGACGACAUUGGCCAAAGCAUAUCCUUAAAAAGGUGUUUUUGGAACUUGUCAAAGAGACGCCAGGAGAUUUACUCAGCAAGGAAAUGUGGUGCUCCAGUGCAGAUUCGGUGGAAUGGUUGGAGAAGACGACUUCAUUUAGUCGAUCGUUGGCGGUCAUGUCGGUGAUUGGCUAUAUUAUCGGAUUGGGUGAUCGUCACUUGGAUAAUAUGAUGGUGGAUUAUCAUUCGGGCGAGAUUAUUCAUAUCGACUACAACGUUUGCUUUGAAAAGGGACGACAAUUACGUGUACCUGAACUUGUGCCAUUCCGCCUCACUCAAAACCUCUUCCAUGCUCUUGGGGUUACGGGUGUUGAUGGUGUUUUCCGCACAGCUGCCGAAGAGACGUUACGUGUGUUGAGAAAACACAAGGAGGUGCUCAUGACAUUACUUGAUGCAUUUGUCUAUGAUCCAUUGGUCCACUGGGAAAACGAUGCAGGUGAAACCGAAGAGCGACAAAUGAUGGAAUUGCAAGCCAACUUGGGUCUUGUUGCUGCUCGUCUUGGUGAUAAGAAACUUCAACAUGAAGAAUACGAGCAACAAUUGCCAGGGAUUAUUUCGAGUAUACAGCAACAACUUCAACAAGCCAUGCAAUCUGAACCACAAAACGUAUUGGAUGAGACAAGUGAUGAUGAUGGCGAGGAAGAGGAUGAUGUCGAUGUCGCCAAGAGAAACCUAUUAGCACUCACGGACGAUUGCAAAGCCUGGAAUAUGAAGCACAAGAAUGCAUUGUUAUCAUUGAUCAAGGGAUCAAUUGCUGAAUCUCUCAUGCAAAAAUCAUCAUUGGAUACCGACAUGGUUGCAACGCUAGAGCAGCUGGAUGAUGUGGAUCUUGCAAAACAACUCUCGUCAUGGAUCAAUCAAAGAGAUGGGAUUUAUCACCAAUGUAUGGAAGAAUUGCUUGCCUACAAAAAGCUCGUCCGCCCUGUUGCUGGAAAGUUACUUGAUCAUCAAGAUUCAUGUCGAGUUUGGAAUGCUUUGCAAGAUCUCAGUACACAUUCUUUUGCAAAGGAGAAAAUGGCACAUAUCCAACAAGUCUUGCAACAAGGUCAUAUUUCUCGUACAUUACAAGCCUUACAGAGUCGUGCAUUCAACUUUGCUAGCCACAUAUCCCAAACCGCUGAUAAGAUCGACGAAAACAUCCAAAGACUCGAUCCGCUGGAAGACAUUGCUGUGAUGGAGAUAGAGGAGGAUGCUACUGCUCAGCUACAAGAGUCAUUGCAAGAAUCAUUCAUCGCAUUGGAUGGUGCGUUCCGAAGAUUGGAUGUUGACGGCGAUGAAAAUACCGAGGAAGCAAAUGCACACUUGGAUUUGUUACCAGUUACGCUGCAAAGGGUUGAAUCUUGCUGUCAUCUCGGAAGCUUUGGUCAAUCAACUUAUAUCCGUGGACUACUUGUAUUGUCAGCUGCAUUGGAAGGCCAUAUGGAUCUUCUUCAGACGUGUCUUGGGGACCAGCUAUCACCGUACGAGACAAAUGCAUUGAAAUCAAUUGUACCAUGUGCAGCUGCGCUGUUUAAGGUGGAAGAUACAUGCAUGACCAUUUGUGGCACGAUCCUCAAGCAUCUCUUGGCUGGUGGCGAUCAGGGGCAAAUGGCGGUGUUUGAAUUACAGAAGGCGUUAAUGCAAGGCACUGACAACAUCCAGUCGAAUGAUCAAGCGAAUGCCCUUUACAAAUCCAUAAUGGCAUCUUUUGAAGCGAUCGAUCACUUUUGUUCAGUGCUCAAGGAUACGCCACUGGAUAUUUCUAUCGAAGAUAUGGAUAUGGCACUGGAUACGUAUGCGAACAACAAGCGACAGCUCGUUUUUUGCAUUUUGGGAGAGUGUGUCAAGCAUGUGCAAGGUCUUCCAACGCAAGGGUGGACAUCCUAUACCAUAUCUUCUUGGGCAAUGACGUACAAUGCUUCUGUUGCAAUGCAUGCCAAGCAGCUAUCAAGCACUGUUACCAGUUCUCUAUUCCUUCCUUUUAUCUCUGCAUUAUUACAGUCAAUGAGGCAGCAGCAGCUUGGUCGCCGUUCUGAUGAGCAACAACUGGAUACAGAGCAGCGCACGAAGAUCUCUCAUCGUAUACAGCAAGUGGUUGUGGCUCAUGCAAGCAAGCGUAUGAUGGAUAUUGGCUAUGAUAUAAAGGCUGGAUACAAUACUUGUUUGGAUAUCUACAAAAGCGACAUUGAUCGAUUCCUCUGGUACAAUGCUCCCUACUUGCAAAGCGAGCGGCCUUUGUUCCCCAACCAGUUGCCUGCACAAAUGGCGGAUGGCCCAGAGCGUCUUCAUUACCUUGGUAACGGUUUACAAGCCUUGAAUGAUGCGUUGUCACAAUAUCAGGCACCAGCAGUACAGCAGCAAUGGCAGCAAUGUCAUCGUGCCGAGCUCGAAAAGUGUGCAAACCUUAUGGACUUUUACAACGCGAUCAAUCACUUGGAGAAUUGCAGAGAAGGAUACACCCAAGCAAUGAUUGUCAACGAGUACAUCAACAACCAAUUGCAGACAUUGAUGGCUAAUCAUACAACCGAAAACGGGCCAGCAGCUAUAGCGGAUGAGACAUCACAGCCCAUUCCAUCCGAGUCCCUUGAGGAGAUCCGUGCGGGAUUAUCAAAGGUCAAUGAGCUACUCGCAACUCUUAAAUCGCCUUUGGAUGGAAUCGUUUCUUUAUUGGAAUCAAUCACGAUUAUCGAAGUUGAUGACAACAAUGAGCUGAAACCGAUUCACCAGAAUGCAAAGGAUACCCUGGAUCAAUAUCAUGCGAUCAAAUCGAGUCUAAAGAGUAUAAGCAAAGCAAGGCAUGGGGAUAAUGAUUGGACGUAUUCGAGUAUGAGCAAAAUGAUCGCUGAGAUGGGUGAAAGAAUCCAAAACUUGUUUGCUGCUUUCCGUGCACUCGAAGAAUUUGGAUUGGAACGUCAAGGUGACGAGCAAAAACAGGCAUCAGAGCCACAUGAAGGAGGUCAUACGACUAGUCAAGCUUUGGAGACAAGCAGCCUAUCGAGCCCCGCAGGAGGUGAAAAGUCAAAUCAACGCCGUUACUCGGAUGCAGAAGCUGUUGAUACCAACCAUCAAGAAACCGCCUAUACGAGUGCAGCAACACAGCGACGCGAUGCACAAGUACUUGGUAUCAUGAGAAGAGUGCGCUCCAAAUUGGAAGGAAGGGACUUUGGCGUGCAACACAAAAUGAGCGUGCAUGAGCAGAUUGCCAAAACAAUUGAACAAUCAUUGUCAGUGGAUAAUCUUUGUGCCAUGUAUGAAGGCUGGACGAGUUGGGUAUAA